AUGGAUACCGAUAACAACCAAAUCAUCACAAAGAAAAAGACUAAAAGAAAUAAGAAUGAAAAGAAAAAGAAAAUGGAGACAAAAGAGGAUGGCGCGGUCCGUGAUAAAGAUAACCAAGAUGAGACGCCUCUAAACAUCAGCGGAUCGCCAAGCUCUACUGACAGUGAGGAUCUAGUCAACGCAAUUAACUACAAUACCAUCACAUCCUUAGCCGCUUUAAAGGAUAUAAUUCAAGGUGACGGCAACGAUACUCCUGAAACUGAUAGUUUUUUCCAACACUAUUUUAUGAACCACUGUAACAAUCUGUCCAGUCGAAAUUCGAACUCGCCCUUCCCUUAUAAUGAGAGACGCCGCUUGUCCCAAUGCCGUGAAGAAGACGAGGACGAUUAUAAGAAAGAUAAUUCCAAUUCGAAUUCACCGUCCAAAAUGUAUGAUGCCAAUAAAAAUGACAACAAGAAAUCUCCAGCGAAACAUGUACAUAAAGUAGACGAUAACAGUCCUGCCGAAAGAAACAAUAAGAACAACGGAGACGAUCCGUCUAAAAGAACAGUAAUGGGUGCGAAGCAUAAGUUUCUGGUGACGACAGCGGAGCCUCCGCUUCAGAAGCUAGAACGUGCGUUUCGUAAACAUGUGAAUAACGCUCAUACAGUACAUUUUGGCACCAAGGGUGCGGAGGAGCUGAGACCAAGCGUCAGAUCGAUCUUCGCUGGUGAGAAUCUCCAUCGCGACAAAAAUUAUUUCGAUAGUAGUUUAAUUGAAAUACGUUCGACAGUAGAUGGAGUGCCGACAAGCUCAGAAGAUAUUUGGGUUAAGAGAACCAGUGACAAACCGGUUACUACGCACAAAGAAAAAGGAACAAUUGAUAAAACGUCAAAAGAUGCUGUGGAAGCUUUAAAGGUCAGCGAAGAAAUCGAACCUGUGCGUGUACGAUCCGGGACUUGGGGUUCGCAAUCUCGUAGAGAUAAGGACAUAAUAAAAAUAAAUGACGUUCCGAAAAUAAAGGAAAUACGACGGAGCAGUGAUGACAGACGGCAGAAAAGAGAGCAAAGAUUAGACGCCGCCAUAACACGGAGCACUCAAUCUGUCGGGGAACGCAGACGACGAGCCUCUGCUGACGAUGGGCAUUCUCAUCAGCUGUACCAACAGACCAUACAUGGAACAUCCGGGGUGAGCCGAAGGCCAGCGCUGUUUGAUAUUUUCAAAUCUCGUCAACGCGGUGACGCGAAGAAGCAGCCAACAAUGAUGCAGCAGUUUAAGGCGGCUGUCCAGAACAUGACUAAAUCCAAUACGAGAGAAUCUGAAAGAUCUAGCAUCAAAACAGAAAUAGUCGACACGACGGAUGGUGCAUCAUCUUCUACACCAGCAAGUAACAAAGCCAAAGACGGUUCUGCACAUCCACACCCAGGAAGUGACACACGGUACUAUCAUACCAUCACGGUACCAGCUUCGCGGCGGCCCAGUGCUAUAAGCAAGAUGAUGGAGAUGUUCAGGGGUAGACCAUCAACUCCCGGCGGUCCUGGUUCGUCAGAUUCUGCAGAGAGACGGCGAACGCUGAGGCAAGAUAGGUCGGCCAGAUUCGAACCAGGGGCAAUACGCACGUUUCAAGUGGUGAAGCGGCCUUGUAGACCCCUUCACCAUUCGUGCAGUUACAGAAAUUGCUGA